GGCUGUAACGUAACAAAAUGUGGAAAAAGUGAAGCACUGUCAAUACUUUCCAGAUGCACUGUAUAUAUAAUAGAUGCCCCAUUAUUAUUUUGAAGCAACAAAAGCAAGAAUCCAUGGACCCAGUCUGCCUUGUGUCAACGGUCCUGGCUGGUGAUAGUGUGGGGAAUGUUUUCUUAGCACACUUUGGGCCCGUUAAUACCAAUCAAUCAUCGCUUGAAUGCCACAGCCUAUUUGAGUAUAAUUUCUGACCACGUUUAUCCCCCUUCAUGACCACAAUUUAACCAUCUUAUGGCUACUUCCAGCAUGAUAUGUCCAGCAUGAUAUGUCCACCAUGUCACAAAGCAAACAUCAUCUCAGACUGGCUUCAUAAACAUGACAAUGAGUUCAGUGUUCUUCAGUGGUCUUUCCAGUCACCGGAUCUGAAUCUAAUAGAAGAACUUUGGGAUGUUUCACAGCAUGAAAGUGCACCUGAAAAAUCUGCAGGAAUUGUGUGAUGUGAUCAUGUCAGUAUGGAAAGAGAAUCUCAAAUGAAUGUUUCCAAAAUCUUGUGGCGUCUAUGCGACGAAGAAUUGAAGCUGAUUUGAGAGUGAAUGGAGGCCGUACCCAGUAUAGGUAUAGUGUUCCUGAUAAAGUGCUCAGUGAGUGUAUUUAUUUCAGCAACUGUCCUUUAUGUUUAUGUCUCAUCAAGUUGCAGAACUGGUAGCAAAAUGCUUACAGGCACGAGACAUGGCUUACUGCCCCUACAGCCAGUUCCCAGUUGGUGCCGCUAUUUUGACAUCAGGAGGUGCCAUAAUCACAGGCUGCAAUGUAGAGAAUGCUUCUUAUGGCCUUACAGCGUGUGCAGAGCGAACAGCCAUACAGAGAGCUGUAGCUGAGGGCCACAGGAGUUUUACAGCUAUAGCAGUCACAUGUGAUAUUAAAGAUAGUUUUGUGGGACCCUGUGGGGCCUGUCGACAGGUGUUAAUGGAGUUUGGUACAGAAUGGGACAUUUACCUUACCAAGCCUGAUGGGUCCUAUAAGAAGACAAGUCUGAGAGAGCUGCUGCCUUUAGCAUUCAGCCCAGCUCACUUGGCAAAAGAGAGAAAUUAAAGCAAUAGCUUUUAAGGAA